UUCAUCCUUCUUUCUUUGAACUUGACUUCUCGUAGGCUAAUCUGAUAUCCAGAAUCAUGGCAGUAGACGAAACAUCACCAGCUAAUCCGAAAACAUAUUUUGACAUUAGCAUCAAAGGAGAGCCAGCUGGCAGAAUCUUGUUCGAGUUGUACGCCAAGGAUGUCCCAAAGACGGCCGAAAACUUCAGGGCACUAUGUACCGGAGAGAAAGGAAUGGGAACGAUGGGAAAGCCUCUCCACUACAAAGGCUGCAUUUUCCACCGUGUGAUCAAGAACUUCAUGAUCCAAGGUGGUGACUUCACCAACUCGGACGGUACAGGAGGAGAAAGCAUCUAUGGAGAAAAAUUUGCAGAUGAAAAUUUCAUUCACAAACACACCAAACCAGGACUUCUGAGCAUGGCGAACUCUGGCAAAGACACCAACGGCUCUCAAUUCUUCAUAACCACCACGGAGACGCCACACCUGGACAACAAACAUGUGGUCUUUGGUCGAAUCCUCAAGGGGAUCGGACUGCUCAGGGCGAUCGAGGACCUCACCACAUUAGAGAAUGAUAUACCCAUCAGGAGGGUUGAGAUAACUGACUGUGGUGAACUCAUGCCUGGUGAUGAUGAUGGUAUGGCCAUUAGGGAUGAUGGUACCGGAGAUGCCUUCACUGACUAUCCUGAAGAUGCAGACUUUGAUAUCACAGAUUAUGUGAAGGUCUUGGAGGUCGCCAUGAAGCUUAAAGACAUCGGAAAUGGCAAAUACAAGGCCAAAGACUAUGGGUUUGCCAUCAGUAAAUACGAGAAAGCUAUCCGGUACCUUGACUCUCUAGAUCUUGAAGGCAAGCUGAAGGAUGUCCCAGAGGAGAAGACCAAGGUUCUUAAUAGCUAUCUCCCGCUGAGGCUAAACAUGGCCGCCUGCAAGCUGGAACUGGACCUUAACCACGAUGCUAUUGAGCAGUGUGAUAAGGCUCUAUCCAUCGAUGGAGACAACGCCAAGGGCUGGUUUAGGAGAGGAAAAGCUCAAAUGAACAUGAAGAAUUACGAAGGAGCUGCAGAGGACUUCCAAACAGCACUAUCAAAAGAGCCAGAAAAUAAAGCUGCAAAGACUGAGCUGAAGAAGGCAAAGGCUGUCAUCCAGGAGAGGAAAAAGAAGGAAAAGGAAGGUUAUGCCAAGAUGUUUUCAAGCUGAUGGUACUACAUGCCAAAAAAGAGUUUUACAUGUUGGUUUAUGUUUAUGAAUAUAUGUUCGGAUGCAGGUACAGUCCAACCUGCCUUAGUGACCACCUGUCUACAAAGACCACAUUUUGUGUUUCCCUUGAAACAUGUAAUAUAGGAACCUGUCUACAAAGACCACUUUUUGUGUUUUCCUUGGGCGGUCACUUUAGACAGGUUUGACUGUAUGACGAACAGUAGUACUGUUUAAGCCAUUAUUUUCUUGAUGGUUUUUGUAUUUGCGAAAUUGUGAAUUUUUGGGGGACAUAAGUUUAACAGCACGUGCACAAAAAGCUGACGAUAGAUGUGCGAACAUGUAUCCUAAGUACAAAUCCUGCCUGUUUUAAUUAUCACUCAGAUGACAACUCACAACAAAUAUUUGUACCUCAGUCAUAUCCAUGAUAAUAUCUCUCUGUGAAAUAAUGGCUUAUACAGUAUUUCAUCUAAAUUAGUGAUACUGUUGUUGUUCUUUUUGGCUGUCUUUCCUGUUCACGACUCGAUGAUUCAGAAUGAUAACGCAGUUGGUAUGUUUGCAAGUGAAGGAACGAUAAUGUUACCCAGACAUCAGUUUAUUUUGUGGAUGGAUUUAGAGAUUAGAGGGUGUUUGAUACAAAUUAGAGAAAGAAAUUAAUUUUUAUUCUAAUUGAGAGAUUUGAGGGUGUCUGAUACAAAUUAGAGAAAGGAAUGAAUCCUUGAUUUGGAAUGUAAAUCCAACUGCCACAGAGAUACUGUACUUCAUACAGGGCAGUUUUAGACUAGAUUGAGCCUAACAGGUGCAAGGCAUCUCAAUCUGUAAAAGCCGGUAUCUAAUUAUCCCACAUGCAAAUCUUUACCUAUGAAAUGAUAUAUUGUCUAGAGUUGGUAAAUCGGUGUUGUGGCAGUAGUGAUUCAAAACAUUUAAAUUACAGAUAUGUACACUGAAUGUGAUUUACAUAUUUGCUUAAUAUUAUCCCAGAUUUGAUGUAGGAAUGUUAUGUUUUAGGGUUAGAGGGGUUGUCUAGCAGGAAAUGGAGAUGGUGCACAAAAAGUUAUGCAGCUUCAAUACGUAUUGACUGUGAUGAUAUCUAUCAUGGACAUGAAAAGUCGGCACUGUGAAGUUGACGCACUUUUUGUUUUCGUGAUGAAAAUGGGAUCAAUUUGUUUCCUAUUAAUUACGUAUCAUGGUUUGAUUUUCACAAGCUAGUAUGGGGGUUCAUUAUUAGCCUGUUGAAUAAAAGUGUGAUAUGGUUAUACAAUGAACAUGUAUUUUUAAAUGUAUUUUCUAUGAAA